AUGGCUAAAGUUAACCACCAUCCAGAAAUUACGAAGGACGACUUACAAAAGCUGUACUUAAGCUUCGAUUUAAAUACUCCUAAAGGACUGCAGCAAAAAUGUAUGUUUGAUAUAAUGUUUCAUCUGAUCAGAAGGGGACGAGAAAACUUGGGAGAACAAACAAAAGACACGUUCGCGGUAGCUGUUGACGCGCAGAAUAGAAGAUACGUUUACCAGGCUGUCGACGAGCUCGAUAAAAAUCAUCGGGAAAAUGACGACCCCCAAGAUUCCACAACAGAUGGAAGAAUGUACGAGCAACCGGGUGCACUAUGUCCAGUCAAUUCAUUUGAGUUGUAUCUUUCGAAGCUUCAUCCCGAGUUAAAAUGCCUUUGGCAACGACCGAAGGAAGCAACAGCUGACAUCUGCUGGUACUGUAACGUACCGGUCGGAAAGAAUACCCUUGGCAACUUCAUGAAAGACAUUUCAAGAGCAGCCGACCUGUCCAAAGAGUACACAAACCACAGCAUACGAGCGACGGCUGUAACCGUCCUAGACCACUCCAACUUCGAAGCCAGGCACAUAAUGCGAGUUUCUGGUCAUAAAUCAGAAGCGAGCAUCAGAAGUUACUCACGUCGCCUUUCAGAAAACAAGCAAAGAGAAAUUUCCGAAACACUUGGUCAGGCGUGUGGAUUUCCUUCUGAAAUUGAGGAGACAACCUUGUCUUCGCCUUCAGAAACCCAGCUAGAACUGACGUCCAGCCAGUACGAAAAUGUAUUGGAUACAAUAUGCUUCUCUCCUCUACCAGGUCAUUCGUUGCCUGGCUCACCGGUUCUUCACGCAACACAAACAAACACUCUUAAGAAUGUCACGUUUGCAAGUGGUGCAUUCAAUAAUUGCAAUGUAACCUUUAAUUUUAAUGGCAAGUAG